GAAUUUUUAGAAAAAUCUAACUUUAAAGUAAACAAAACACGCAAUUGCCAUCAUAUCAAAUAUCUAAAAUGAUUCGUUUAAGUCUUUUUGUAUUUCUAUCGAUAUUUCUCGAUUGUUUGUCAGCCUCAGAACGUGAAAUGACAGUUGUAAUCAAUGCUAAAGAGCGAGAAUGUUUUUAUGAACAUGUAGAAGCAAAUCAUAUAAUUGACAUUGAAUAUCAAGUCAUUGAUGGAGGACAUGGUGAUUUGGAUAUCAAUUUUGAACUUUCUGUAGAUGGUAGGAUUAUUUUCGUCGAUUAUAAGAAAUCCGAUAAUGUUCAUCGGUACGAACAAGCUCAUCCUGCCGGCAAUUAUAAGUUCUGUUUUGAUAACACAAUAAGUUCCUUCAACAGAAAAACAGUUUUCUUUGAAUUACUCACUGAAGAUCCUGACAGUCCAAUGACUGAUGAUCAUGCGUCAAUUUCGGACUUGGAAGGAUUCUCUCCAGAAGAAUUCUUUGAGAUGAAGGUUCAAGAUUUUCUUGAUGUUGUACAUGUCGUUCGAACCCAUUUAACAAAAGCCCGUCAAGUUCAAGAUAUGUUGAGGAGCUUUGAAGCUCGAGACAGAAAUUUAGCUGAACUGAACUGUUCGAGAGUCGGUAUUUUUAGUACAAUAAUUGUUCUGACUAUGAUUUGCGUCGGAUUGCUUCAAGUAUUCAUGAUUAAAAGUCUCUUUGAAACUAAUAAUACUGAAGGACGUAGGAUUUGGAAUAAAUUGAAUCACAUUAUGAAGUAGAUUAGCAACACAUCGUACUCGAAAAAAGGAAUGCAAAUAAUAUAAAAUCUCAUUAAUUUUAUCUGUACUAAUUCGAACAGAAUCAAAGAAUGAAACCAAACGUAGCGAUUUUCUAUUCAAAGAAUUUAAUUAAAAAGAGAUUAAAUUGAUAAAACAUGUAGGAGAUCUGAUCCAAUGUGUCAUAAAUAAAUUUUCUUGCCAAAGAUAUUUAUCAAUAGAUAAAUAAACAGAAUAACAGUGAAACGAAACCG